CUCCAUUAUUGCAACGUUUUUUAUAGAUAAUAAUCAGAUAAUAUUUCUUUCUUUCUAAGUAUCAGAUAAGACUUGAAAGUAAUUUAUUUGUUAUAAUGUAAUGAUAAAGAUGCAAAAUCAAAACUUCCCUAAUAUUUGAGAGUUCAGUCCAUCUGUCUGUCUAUUCUAAUUGCUUAUUCUUGCCAGGAUAAGGCAGGUUGCUGGAGGCUUUCCCAGCUGUCACAGAGCGAGAGGUAAAACUGAGCUUAACCAGUUAAUGAUGAAAAGCUAACAUUUGCAGUCGUCCUGUUAUGAACUACUUUUAAUGUGGUUAGACUAUAAAUGCAUUUGCUCCAGCAUUUAUAAUAAAGCAUACAUGAAGUAUCUUCAGUAGACUACUUUAGUGGAGGAUGGAGUUUCCUCACAGUCAAAUUCGCAGAAGUCCCUGCGUUUAUCCACCUGUCCACCCAUACUAACCAUACAUAAGGCUUGACCUGGUUCUAGAUUCAUGUCCAGCAGAGGGUAGAAUUCCACAAGCAGGCGAUAAAGUUCAGUUGCCGUUUCUCGUCUCCAUUGGUAUCUGCUGUGUUCUCCUCUGCCUUCCUCACAUUCUGGGGAUUCACUGGGGAUUGUAAAGACUUUGACCCAAAGGUGGUGUGCUGUCUCUUUAGGUAGCAUCACACGUUCUCCAGCUACAUCCUGUUUCCUGCGCUAUAUUCCUCCCCUUUCACUGAUAUGCCUUGUCUUUGUUGAUCCAAUAAAUAAAUACACACAUUUCAUUACUUAUCUUAUUAUAUGUGUCAUCUUAGUGGGGUUUUAUUUUUGUAGCAUGAAGGGAACUGCAUAGAGAUUUGGAUAGAAGCAUCCAUCAUCAAGCAUCAUGUGCUUUGCUGCCCUCAUACUCGAGGCGUAAAGGAUACGGGCGGAACAGAUGCAUAUUCUCCUCUGACUCACAUCAUUAUGUUAUUUUUAUUCUGGCAUGAAUCCUCACAGUUAAGAAAACACUUUAAAAUACGCUGAUUGGUGCUUUUCCAAAGGUUUACACUUCCAGCCUGGGUAAAUAAAAUUAAAUAGUGAGGAUUUACUUUAAAACCUGUAAUACACAGAAUGAAAGGGAUAAAUUAUGCAAGUAAAAUGAGUAGAAAGGAGUAAGGGAAUUAAAGACCAUAAGAGGACAGAAGAUUAGAGAAGCAGCGGAAGAUGUUUUCAUGAUGUCAGCCUUUUUUAACGUCUCUAUAUCCCACUGCUGCUUCUUUAUCUUCACUUCCCUUUUCUCUUACUGUGUCAUUUUAGCUGUUAUCAGUUGUCACUGUUAAAGAAGACUGAGUGGCUGACUGCAAAACUAGGGCCACUGUGGAGGGCGAGCGGAGGAUGGACACGUGCACACACAGUCUGACAUUCACAGUUUUUUAUGCAGGCUGACAACAGGCUUAUAAUCGUCUUCCACCGUCUUAGUUACUUAUACGUAUGCACAUAUAUAUUUAGAGCACUUAUUGUGUAUACUGUAUAUUGUGUAUAAUCAUUUUUUUCUGUUUUAUUUAUUAGCAAUUGCUGAACAAAUCUAUAUUUUUUGCAAAGACCAAUAGUUCUGACCUGUUUCAUAAUGACUUAUAUUAUUUUUAAUGCUGUUAAGUAUGUUGUGAAAUGGCAGUGACAUACCUAAUCAUCAAAGCUCUAACAGACAUAUUAACCAAUAUUCAUUUACACUAAAACUGGAUUUGAUAAAAACAGUAUACAGUAGAUAUAUAAUAUAUAUCACAUGAAUAAUCAUACAUAUCCUGAUUUGUAUAAAAAUGCUACUUCAUCUACCUGAAUAAAUGAUAAUGACUCUAGAACACAUUCAUUUUCAAUAAGAUCAGGUCCCGUGUGGCCAAAGACAACUUGUAAAAGGCCAGGUUAGCUUUUUCUCAUCUCACUUUAAUAAGCCUGUGCUGUAUAUUUUUAGUGUAUUUACACAAAUAAUUUAUAAUGUUUGUUGGGCACAAAUAACAUCAGCCAGCAGGUCGUGAGUCUAAACAGAGCAGACAGGGACACCCAGCACAGACAGGGAGAGAGUAACAUGGAUUUCUGCUCAACCAAUGGGCUGGACGAAAGGAUGAGAGGAAUGUGACUGAGCGAGAGCAAAAGAGAGAGAGAGCACGGGGAUGUCAGCAAAUUAGACCUAAGGCAAAGGGAGAGAAUGGGAAGAGAGAGAGAGAGAGAGGCAUGGUUGAGAGGAGAGAGGACUAUACUUAGACAGCAAGAAAGAUAGCCAGCCACAGCCAAUUGUGCACUACAGUGCCAGAAUGGAGCGGUGAUACAGUGGAUCUCUCAGCAGCAGCGUGGGAUUGUUUUCAUUUUUAAAAUCAUUUGACUGUAGACUCAACUCAUCUGGUCCGGGAAGAGAAUUCAACUGCUCCGCGAUGGAUUUGUUUCCAGAAUACAGAGACAAGCCCUAAAUUUAAGCCAAAUCACAUGGCAGCAACAAACCACCACUUUACUGAAAUGGUUAUGCUUUUUUGGACACGGGGUCAUUGCUGUUAUGAAAUCUUUGAAGAGGACUAGUUGAAAUUGGAGAGGAAUAGUCUUGUCACCUAACCGUGGGACUGAUGCUAUUCCCCUUUCAAAAUGCAAGGAUGCUAUCAGAGCUGAAUUUAUCAAAAAUCGUGAAACAGGCUAAAUUAAAGGCUAAAGGGCGAAGGGAUGGCAUGGUGUCAUCUAACGAGAACAGACGCCGUCCGCUGUCAUUGGGUGAGGUGGAGGGCAUUUCGUGGAAGGGCCUGCGGACCAUUUUCCUUCAGAAGAAUUCCCAAGGAUUCGGCUUCACUUUGCGUCACUUCAUUGUCUAUCCGCCAGAGUCUUCCCUUCACAUUCUCAAGGAUGAAGAGAAUGGAAAUGCACUUGGGAAAGCAGUGUCUCAGCAGUCUCGUUUGGAGCCAAUGGACACCAUCUUUGUGAAGAGUGUCAAAGAAAAUGGGCCUGCCCAACAAGCUGGACUGUGCACAGGGGACAGGUUGGUGAAGGUGAAUGGGGAAAGCAUUCUGGGAAAAACUUACUCUCAGGUGAUUGCGCUCAUCCAGAACAGUGAAAACAUUCUGGAGCUUUCUAUUAUGCCAAAAAAUGAGGAUGUGUUGCAGUUGGUAAGUGCAUACUCCCAAGAUGCUUACCUAAAAGGCAAUAAGCCAUAUGCAGGUGAGGCCCAGAACCUCCCUGAGCCUCCACCACUCUGUUAUACUUUAACUAAGCCCAGCUCCGCCGCGCCACAAUCCAGCCAGAGCCUCCAGAGCCCCGUUGACAACUGGCAGUGCCGCUCUGGCCCCACCACGUCCCCACUGGACAACCACCUCCCUGCUGCCUCCAACCCCACUCCUGAGGAUUCCAGCGGCAACUUUGCCCCCCCUGGGUGGCACCGCGGCCGCUCCUCUUCAGCCAUCAGCGCGCUGGACUUUCACUUUGCUAACCACAAUGCCGCCAUUGCCUCCGCAACUCUGCCUCCGCCGAGGAAGAGCAGCCUGCCGGCCUCUGCGCGCGGUCACGCAGGCUCCCUCUGCCACCAGGCUCUGUCAGACUGGUAUUACAGCCAGGCUGAGGCAGCAGAGCGCAUGUCUCCUCGCGAUCGCAGUAUUUCUCAGGAUCGUUUAGCAGAGCUGGGGCUAGGUUUGGCUCUUGGCCCUAGACCUCCGACUGUAAGUGCAUCCACUGCAGAACAACGCAGAAGAGAAACCUUAAUGCACCACCACCAGGCAGCUGCUACCUCCCAUGACUCCCAUUGGCUAGGGGGCUGGAGUAGCAUACCAGGACCAGGAAGCAGGUCGUGCUCAGAGAGCCUGCUGGCAGCCUAUGCAGAGUACGAGCACAACUAUGGGCGCUCUGUGGAAACCCUGGCCCAAGCCUCAGCACUGGUCUCACCACGCUAUGAACACAUCUCCCAAAGCCCUCAAAUGACCAAAAUUAGCAAGCCGAAAGACCAGAAAACCUCAGGGGCCCAUCCGCACCAACCAGUAACAUCUCCUGUCUCAACCUCCUCCCCAGUGCCUCCCAGUGGCAGGCAGUCAGGACAGCAGGUGGCUGAACCCCAGACAAGGCGAGUAAGAGAGGAGGAGCCAAUGGGCUACAAAAGUUACAGUCCUUCCUUCUCUCGCAAAGCUGGUCACCUCCUCCAGCAAGCACACUCAUUUAGAGAGCCAACCUACAGCGGCCCCCACCUCAGCAAGAGCCCCAGCAGCAGGGCCAUCCCUGCAGAGAGUGAUGGAGGAGUGGUACCCAGGCCCCAGUCUACGCCUGCGCUGUCUGCAUCAGAGGACGACCGAGUCCAGCUGGGUGAUAACAGGGAGGUCAUAAUCGUGAAGCAAGAGGUGGUUCUGAGACAGAAACCUCCUUCAAGCCGCCGGACCCCUGUUCAGGCUAUUCAACAUCCCCAUUACACCACCCCCGUGGAGUCACCUGAGCCCCCUGGUCGGACACCUUCACAAGGGACCCCGUCUCCCGUGUCUGUGGGGCCUGGCACCAACCGUCGGACCAAUGGUAGCCUGGCUGAGCAUGCGUUUGAUUCUCUGUCCUCUAUCCCCUUCAUAGAUGAACCCACCACUCCUAGUACUGACCUACAAGCCUGCUAUGUACCAGCCUGUUCUGUGGUGUCCAGUUCCCAUGCCUCAACUAUGGCCACCCUCACUUCCAUGUCUGUCUCCCCCACUUUUUCCUCCAUCUCCCCCCUUGUUCGACUUCGUUCUCAGGACUGCAGCAGCAUUAAAGGUCGGAGGUCAUCCUACCUGCUAGCCAUCACCACGGAGAGAUCCAAAUCAUGUGAUGAAGGCCUCAAUACCUUCAGGGAGGAAGGCCGAGUCUUCUCCAAGCUGCCAAAAAGAGUCAAGAGUUUUUUCACUGAUGGAUCUCUAGAGAGCCUACGAGCUCAGGAGGAGGCCCGGUCCAAGCGCCACUCCACCUCUGAACUGGGAACCAUCACCUUCAGUGAUGUUCGAAAGGAGGGUUGGCUGCACUACAAACAGAUCCUUACAGAGAAGGGAAAGAAAGUUGGUGGUGGCAUGCGGCCAUGGAAGCGAGUCUUCUCUGUGCUGCGUUCCCACUCGCUCUUUCUCUACAAGGACAAGCGAGAGGCGGUGCUUCACGGGGCAGGCGCAGGCCCCUGUCAAGAUGAACAUCCCCCAAUCAGCAUCCGCGGUUGCCUGAUUGACAUCGCCUACAGUGAGACCAAGCGUAAGCACACCCUAAGGUUGACCACGCAAGACUUCUGUGAGUACCUGCUGCAGGCUGAGGACAGAGAUGACAUGCUGGCCUGGAUCCGGGUUAUCAGGGAAAACAGCAAAACCGACAACGAGGAGAUUGGUUUUUCAAGACAAGCUCUCAUCAACAAAAAACUAAAUGACUACAGAAAACACAGUUUGACAGGUAACAAGACGGACUCCUCCCCAAGAGCCCAUCGCAUGAUGCCCCCCUUCCUACUGGCUAAGACCGAUAACACUUCACUGAACCGAUCCUCCAGGACUGAUGACAACAAGGCGUUGUGGGGAAUCAACAUCAUGAAGAAAGCCAAGAAGACAGACAGUCCAAAAGCUUUCGGUGUGCGACUGGAGGACUGUCAGCCUGCUGUCAACCAUAAAUUUGUGCCUCUGAUAGUGGAGAUGUGCUGCGGUGUAGUGGAGGCGACGGGUUUGGACUACACCGGCAUCUACCGGGUGCCUGGGAACAACGCAAUGGUGUCCAACCUGCAAGAGCAUCUCAACAAGGGCAUGGACAUCAACACUGCAGAGGAGAGAUGGCAGGACCUAAAUGUAAUCAGCAGCCUGCUCAAAUCAUUCUUCCGCAAACUGCCUGAGCCUCUAUUUACUGAUGACAAAUACAAUGACUUCAUUGAUGCCAAUCGGGUAGAAGAUGCGGAAGACCGUCUGAAGACCAUGAAGAAACUGAUCCACGACCUCCCAGAUUACUAUUACCACACCCUCAAGUUCCUGGUGGGCCACCUCAAGAAGGUGGCAGACAACGCUGAGAAAAAUAAGAUGGAACCAAGAAACUUAGCUCUGGUGUUUGGGCCCACUCUGGUCAGGACAUCUGAGGAUAAUAUGACUGACAUGGUCACCCACAUGCCGGACCGCUACAAAAUAGUGGAGACGCUUAUCCUGCAUUAUGAUUGGUUCUUCUGUGAUGCAGAGCUUGAUGGGAAAGACAAGGCCCCAGAGGAUAAGCGGGACAUGCAGCCUGUGCCCAACAUUGACCAUCUGCUGUCCAACAUCGGUAGACCGGGAAUGCCAGGAGAGGCAUCAGAUUCCACUACCAGCAAUUCACUUAAAUCAAAGCAUUCAUUGGCCUCUAAGAAAGACCUAAAUACCAAGGAUUUCCUGUCCAAAUCUCUCAUCUCCGCUGUGACCCGUAAACGUAAAAAAUGCCUCAGUACAUAUUUGCCCGGCAGCAGCACUGAUGAGGACUCAGAGCACGAGCCAGUCAAAGCUAGCAACUACAGGGGAGACGAAGGAGGGGAUGAGCACAGAGGACAGGAAGAGGCAGCUGAAGGAGAGCAUAUCAUAUCCAAAAAAGACAAAAGGCACGAGAAGGAAAAUGGGGUGAAACCUGGAGAGACCCCGGCGGGAAAAGACUCCCUGGUGGAAGAAGAGGCCGAGAACGACAAGAAAGAGGGUAUGAUCCCUGACACACAUAAAAACCAAAGGGAGUGUAGGCAGAGAACAACGAUGCCCAGAACUGUACCACCACUUCGUCCCAGCAGUUUCCUCUACUCCCACCAUCAGAACCAUACUAUAUACCCACCUGCCACUAAUCCUCCCUCUCACCCGAGGCUUCACAACCUGCCCAGAGGACAUCCUGUGGCGCCUUUGUGGCUCUCCCCCACCAGGCUCCCUAGUCUCUACCAGUCAUGUAGCCCCCAUGGGACCCAGCACUCAGACUGGAACCAGUCAGUGCCCAUUCGCUACAGGAAGCCCAGAGGCGGCAGGACGAGGGCUGUGUCCAUGAAUCUGGACUUGGAGCUGGGCUGGAGGGAGGACAGAGUCAGAGGGUGGAGGGCAGAAAAGGUGGAGGUGAUCAGGGUCAUCGAGGCAGGGCCAGGUCAGCAUGGCUGUGUAGGCAUCCCUCAAGGAUCAAUUGUAGAUCCUAGCUCAGCUUCACCAACAGGUCCCCUUCCUCAUUUUGGCCAGGACGCCCCUCUGUCCUCGUCUUCCUCAGGAUGGAUAGAGCAAAGGUCCCAGGGAUCUUCCACUGUGGCCAUGAGGAGAUCAGCUCCCGGCCCCCGGGAUAAGACACGAGCAUGGCGUCGUCACACAGUAGUAGUUUAACCUGUUCUAUCCACUAAGGUAGCACUUCCCCGUAACUCACUAGCAACACACAAUUAUUUCUGAAACUAUUUAUCUUUACUUACAAAUAACUAUAUGUAAUUGUCCUGAAGAUCGUGUGGAGUCUAGACCCUGGUAUUUUAUUAAAAAAAACGUGACAAAUGCCAAACGCUUGGAGCAUUUGGAGGAAACCAGUUGUUGAACAUGGCUUUUCAUACAUUACAUCAUCAUUCAUAUUAAGCUGUUGCUGUUAAUCAGUGGUGCAAUGUAAAGUACAGACGUUUGCAGAUUUACUUUGCCAAACCGAUUCCUAUGUUUUAAGAUUUCAUAUUCGGGUGUGACCAGGCCUUAUUACUGUUUACAUGUCUCUCCUUGUGGUUUCAUCCACUUUUUAUUCUUAUACAAUACACUAUUCACUGAAUUUCUGAGUGAACUCUAUGCAGACUGUUGAAGCACUUACUUCUGAAAUGCAAACCUCCUUAUACCUAACUGCUCAAAGACAAUGUUCCCAAACCACUGUGUUGUAAUGGCAGCAUGUCGAGGAUCUAUCUUCUCAGCUGCUAUUGCUCGUCUCAACAGGCCUCUUUGAAUAUAGUCAGACGUUUUGGUAUAAGCAAUGAUUCAUAAAACUGGGAACAAAAUAUUCUGAAGAAAAAGCAAAAUCAGCGUAUUGUGACUUCCUCUUCAGAUAUUCUGUACAUCACAUAAGCACAGUUAUAUUAAACAUGUUAUGGCUGUGUUAAAAAUGUACCUUAAUUUAUUGCAAGGGAUCCUGGGAUUUACACAUGCACCAUGAGAAACCACGCUCAAGUUUACGUCUCAGCUCUUUAACAGUUCUUCCAAAACGCUGGCGGAUCAAGGACCCUAUUGAUCCCUUCAAGCUAAACAAACUCGUGACUUAGGCUUUAAGCCAAAGCCUCUAUAGACCAAAAUGAUGCAUGUAUAAACAUAUGCAAACUCUGUGUUUAUCACAAGCCUGUUGUACUUCCCUGUGUUGGACAGCUGUUUCACCAGAGGCAGCUACACUGUGAAGUGAUGCCAAAAUUGUUCCAUUUUUCUCCUCUGGUAAAUGGACAGUAUGAGCAGUAUUAACGGGGGAUGAGCCCUUGAUGAGCGAGAGCCCCAGCGUUUCUCCAAUAUAUACACAUACACAAUGUCAGUUUUAUAAGAUACACUAGUCAUUUUUUUGGAGGUAGCUGAGUGAACGGAAAACCUACUUCAACCACAACCACAGUCUUACCUGAGAGCUAUUUUUGCAUUUGUCCUUUUCCACCUCUUCUGUAUUUUCGCUCCCUCCUCAAUUGCGAGAUCCUAGAAAAACCUAGAUGGAGCUGAACCGAACCGGGCUCCAUGGUCGUCUUAAUCAUUUGUAGACUCCGUGUCCUACGCUCUGUCUUUGCCCUUGUGCAUGUACUUUAUGUACGUCAGUGACCACGUGGACCAAUUUUGUAACAAUUGUACAAAGCCUUGUUAAGUUAACCCGUGUAAAUAAAUAUUAUGCAUAAUAUAUUAAAUUAUUUGUUUUGAAAAA